UUUCACUUCGGCGGUGAUCCACAACAUUCGUUUCCCCCAUUUCUCUUUCCAUCUUUCUUUCUUUCACAUACAACACACACCACCCCCAAUUUCUUCCAUCAUUUUUAAUUGAUUAAUCCGAUUAUCACAAAAAAAAAAAUACUAAUAAUAAUUCAUUAUGACUCCUGAAUACGACUACCUAUUCAAGCUUUUGCUUAUCGGAGAUUCUGGAGUAGGAAAGUCAUGUUUACUCUUGAGGUUUGCUGACGAUUCCUACUUGGACAGCUACAUAAGCACCAUUGGAGUUGAUUUUAAAAUCCGUACUGUGGAACAAGAUGGCAAGACUAUUAAGCUUCAAAUAUGGGACACUGCGGGGCAAGAACGUUUCAGGACCAUCACAAGCAGCUACUACCGUGGGGCGCAUGGCAUCAUAGUGGUUUAUGAUGUGACGGACCAAGAGAGCUUCAAUAAUGUUAAACAGUGGCUGAGUGAAAUUGAUCGCUAUGCCAGUGAGAAUGUCAACAAGAUACUUGUUGGAAACAAAUCUGAUCUUGUUGCAAAUAAAGUCGUUUCAACUGAAACAGCUAAGGCUUUUGCUGAUGAAAUUGGAAUUCCUUUCUUGGAAACAAGUGCAAAAGAUGCCACCAAUGUCGAACAGGCUUUUAUGGCUAUGACCGCUUCCAUCAAAGAUAGGAUGGCAAGUCAACCGUCGUUGAACGCCUCAAAGCCUCCAACAGUCAACAUACGUGGACAACCAGUCUCACAGAAUAGUGGAUGCUGCUCUUAGUAAAUCAACUAUGAGCGUUUAUCACUUGUCAAGUGGCAAUGUACAAGUAUCCUUGUGUAGGGAUGAAUUCUUUUUUACUUUCUUUGUUUUCUGACUGUUGGGAUUGUAUAAAAGUCAAGAAUUCUUUAGUUGUCAAAACAUCUACUACUCUGUUUGUUGUGUCAAGAAAACAGGAAAUUGUUUAUCGUUAGAUCUUUUGAUAAGAAUCAUGGAUUGGUUAUUUUAAGCUA